AUGACCUCUUUAAACCACAAUAAAAACUUGUGCCUUUCCAUCGACUGGUUGAUCCAGGUUAGGUAUGGGAAUGGUGAUGGUGGUGAUGGUCUUGACCAGUUGUCUCAAGCUUUGAAAAAGUUGAUUGAGGAGGCUAUUGAGAAGGCUGAAAAGUCCCUUAAAGCCGAAAAAGAUAAACUUGAAUGCCCCUUCAAAUACUCUGAUAAGGAGACUUACUGUCAGUACUACCAGAGACUGCAUGACGAGGCUGAGAAAAAAUUCAAAGAAUCCAAAAAAACCGUUGAAAAUAUCCCAGAUAAUCAUAGUAUUAACUUCUAUAAAACAUGUCUAGAAGAUUGUAUAAAGGCUCACCAAAAACAUCCUCCAUCUGCUGCCUUGAAGUCUGUUGAAGAGAAGAUUGUCCAGCUUGGUCACCUUGCUGGCCAGCUUGGAGGAUUUGUUGGUCAAAGUGAGAGUGUUAAGAAAGCUGUCAAGAAUGCUAUUAUCGCUAAAAUUAACAGUAAUGAAGAGCUUAAACAUCUUUACUCUUCUCUUGUUACUAACCUUUCUGAGUCUGUCAAGUCUGCUGGCCAGGCUGAUGACACCGGAAAAAUUAGUGAGCUAAAAAGUAAAAUUACCACUGAAAUUAAGCUUACUGAAGAGACAAUGAAGAAGCUUAAACCUUCUGUAAUUAACUCUCCUUCUUCCCCCUCUCCCUCUGCUGAGUCAGACAAAUUGCACUCCAAGUUGCAGGCUUUGGAGAAAGUGGAGAAGCUUUGUGAAAAUUAUGAGAAACUUAAAACUUCUGAUAAUAACCCAAAAAAUCUCUUAGAUAAUUUAUGUGACGGCCUCGAAACCUUCCUCGGCUUCAACUCUGCUUCCAAAGGCUACGAUGGCACUGGGAUAGUGUACUCCGACUUGGAUAGGCUGUGUGACGGGGUGAUGGGAUUUUUGAGUGGAGUGCUUGGUGCGGUGAAAAACACUCAGACAUACAAUGUCGGUAAAAAUACAUUACAAAACUUGGUAAGUAAUGAAAUUAACAAUCAUCUUUGCUCAGGGCACGAGGGCUUUAAAAGGCUUUUCGAAAAGUUGCCCAAGGAAAUCGAGAAGUAUAACAGGGACGUGAAAAAACAGAAUGAUGAUAUCACAGCCAAGAUAAACAAUUUAGAGAUGCAGUUAAAUACCAUGAAUGAUAAGGUAAGUAAAGUUUUAGAAAAUGAUGCUGUUUCAGGUACAACCAAGAAAUCCGUGCAGGCUGUGACGUACAGUGAGGAGCACGUGGAAUACGCUGUGAUAAAUAUUAGGCAGUAUCUUCGUGACUGUCAAUAUAAUGCCGAUAGAUUCAACGAAGCAUUCGACCUAGAACAAAGAUUAGACAUGCAAACUGCUGUUAAUGAUCUUAACUCUAAGUUACGUAAUGAUGUACUUGUAGCCACGAAGGCAGUCAAACAUGAAACACAGCGACUUGAGCAGUUGGCGCAGAAGGAGUGGGAUGACUAUAAAUACAUGAAGAGAACGGUGAGAGCAACGAUGGAGAGUCUGAAAUUAUCAGUUAACGGUGAGGUAAAAUACCAGGUAGAUGAACUAGUUAAGAAAUUGAAAGAGAAGGUUACGGAAAUGAAAAAUAACCUUGACCCAAUUAGAGACAAUCUCGGGGAAUACAUCGGACAUUUGACUGCGUGGAAGUCAGCAGGCGACACAGCCGUUUCGACAGGCGAAGUCGCAGUCUGA